AUGGAUCUUCCAAUUGUGUAUUACAAUGAAACAGAAUGGGCAAAAACGCAUACAGGAAACAAAGUGAACAAGAAACAUGCAAUUGCUGGAACACAGAAUAUUGUGAUCGCGGGAAAGACACUAAUUGAAGAAGGUGUGACGAUUCGUGGAGACCUGGCUACUGUGAAAAUUGGAAAAUUUUGUGUCUUGAAAGCCCGUUGCGAUAUUCGGCCAUGUUUGAAAAUUUUCAGUAAGAAACCAACCAUGUGUAAUGUGAUUAUUGGUGAUUAUGUAUAUAUUGAUGAAGAUUGCAUAGUGAAUGCAGCUCAAAUCUUUGCAUUUGUUCAUCUUGGAGCUCGUGCUGUCUUGGGAAACGGAUGUGUAAUUCGUGAGUGUUCCCGUGUUCUGCCAGAUACCGUAGUUUCACCGGAUGCUGUUUUUCCUCCGUUUUCCACAAUCGCUGGAAAUCCUGCCAGAGUGAUCGGCACUGAACCAAUGUGUACGGAAAAUUUGAUGACAGAGGCUAUGUCGAUGUACUACGACAACUUUGUGCCAAGACAAGGAGCAACUCUGGUUCCAUAG